AUGUCGAGGGUAAGAUAUAUCAGGUUUAAGAUACAAGGACAAGGUUUGACUACCAAAUAUGUCGAAGAACAUGCAUCAGCGUUGAUGCAAUGUAAUGCCAAAAAUUCAAGCAAGGUCUUCCUUUGCCCAUGGGUAUGCUAUGACAUAUGCCGGAUUUUUGUGCGUCUUCCACAAGGCAACAUAUUCACCUUGUUGAGACAUCGCCUUGUCCCUUCGACUGGAGGUGACUUCUUUGUUGAUGCAAGUUUAGAUGACAGAGGUGUGCGUGCACUAUCUGAAUGCCCAGUGACGAGGACGAUUCUUGAUAGUCGUUUUAUGGGUGCUGUUUGGCAUGCCGAAAAGGCUGUGUAUACUGAACAAAGGGAUUAUCUAAGUUUAGAAAUGAUUCUAAGGAAUCAGCACGUUUCUAAUACUACAGGUACUUCUGGUGUUGAUUCCAUAAUGAAGUGA